AUGGCCUCACCAAUCACAGUGCUCCGCAGUAUGGCCUCAUCAAUCACACCGCUCCACAAUAUGGCCUCACCAAUCGCAACUCUCCGCAGUAUGGCCUCACCAAUCACUGCGCUCCGCAGAAUGGCCUCACCAAUCAAAGCUCUCCGCAGAAUGGCCUCACCAAUCACAGCCCUCCGCAGUGAAGCUACACCAAUCAUAGCGCUCCGCAGUAUUACCUCACCAAUCGCAAUUCUCCGCAGUAUUACCUCACCAAUCGCAACUUUCCGCAGAAUGGCCUCACCAAUCGCAGCGCUCCGCAGUAUUACUUCACCAAUCACAGCGCUCCGCAGUAUUACUUCACCAAUCGCAACUCUCUGCAGUAUGGCCUCACCAAUCACAGCGCUCCACAAUAUGGCCUCACCAAUCACAGCGCUCCUCAGUACGACCUUACCUAAUCAAAGCUCCGCAGUAUGGCCUCACCAAUCACAGCGCUCUGCAGUGAAACUCCACCAAUCAGAGCGCUCUGCAGUGAAACUUCACCAAUCAGAACGCUCUGCAGUGAAGCUUCACCAAUCACAGCGCUCUGCAGUGAAGCUUCACCAAUCACAGCUGUCUGCAGUGAAGCUACACCAAUCACAGCGGUCUGCAGUGAAGCUUCACCAAUCACAGCGGUCUGCAGUGAAGCUUUAA